UUUAUGUCGGCGGGCGGACGCAGCGCAGUCCAGUCCAGUCCAGCCCGGUCCGGUCGGCGUGACCCGCAGCGAUGCUGAGCGGAGCUCUGUGCGCGCUUCUCCUCGCCUUCACCCCCGUGUCAGCGCAGUAUGUGCCGCCGUACACCGAGGACUGCCGGACAGCCAUGUACCCGCCCCGUGGACCCACGUUUAAAGGCGCAGUCGCCUGGUUCACUGUGGAUCUGGACCUCGCCCCCAGCCAGCGGUGGAAGGAGGUCAUCACAGACAAAAAGAGUGACUUGGUGAACAUGAUCCAGGCCAUCAAGGACCUCGCAAACUCCUUCGUCCCCAGCGGGCGGCUCAUUGAUCUGGUGGACAGGGAUUUGCCCUUGAUGGUCGAUACGCUCCCGUAUCCUUUCAAUGAGGAGAUUAAAGGAAUCGCAGCAGCUUCCGGGGUCCCUUUAGGGGAGGUGGUGCUCUUCAACAUUUUUUAUGAGAUUUUCACAGUGUGCACCUCACUAGUCGCAGAAGCUCCUGACGGAAACCUCAUCCAUGCCAGAAACCUGGACUUCGGCCUUUUUAUGGGCUGGGACUUGAAGAACCGAUCGUGGGUGAUCACGGAGAAGCUAAAGCCGCUUGUGGUGAACAUCGACUUCCGACGGAGCAACCGCACCGUCUUCAAAUCCACCAACUUCGCCGGUUAUGUUGGCAUGCUGACCGGCAUGAGGCCUCACGUGUUCACCCUCACAAUGAACGAGCGGUUCAGUCUGAACGGAGGCUACAUUGGCAUUCUGGAGUGGAUCUUGGGAAAGAGAGAUGGGAUGUGGAUGAGCUUCCUGACUCGCUCCGUCUUGGAAAACGCUACCAGCUAUACUGAAGCUAAGAAGCUUCUGUCAGACACUAAGCUGCUGGCUCCUGCGUACUUCAUCCUGGGAGGAAACCAGACAGGGGAGGCGUGCAUCAUCACCAGGUCCAGAACUCACAACAUCUAUCCUUUAGAGAUUGACCUAAAGCAGGGCAGAUGGUACGUGCUGGAGACCAACUAUGACCACUGGAAGAAGCCACUGUUCCUGGAUGACCGCAGAACUCCUGCCAUGAAAUGCAUGAAUCGGAUCACACAGGCUAAUAUCUCUUUGAAGACCGUCUACGACGUCCUGUCCACCAAGCCAGUCCUGAAUAAAUUAACCACAUACACUACACUCAUGGACGUUUCCCAGGGGAAGCUGGAGUCUUUUAUCCGUGACUGUCCCAACCCCUGCAUGCCCUGGUAGCUGGACACUUUCUUGAACGUGGCUCCAGAACAUUCCUGCAUACGUGCUUAUCGGAGACUAAAAGCCUCACAGCACAUCGUUUUACAGUAGAGCAAAAACGUUCAUUUAAAAUAUAUAUAACCUUUUAACAAUAAAUAAUGGACUUCUAGCACUUCGCAAAAACAAAACUUAAAAAAAAUAAAUAAAUGGGAGAAAAUACUGAUAAUUGAAGGUGAUAUUGCAAAUUACCAAAAAAACGUUCUGGUGGACAGCAAAAGUUUACAAAGUGCUCUACAAGAGGAUUAAAAGCAGAAAUAUUAAGUGAUAAAUAGAAAUAAAAAUUUAAAACCCAAGACAGUAAAAGGUAAAAGUCUUAGACAAAACCUAAUUAAACACUGAGUGCAUUUUUAACGCUAAAGUUACUGUUAUGCUAUAAAGCAUUGGUCUAAUCAUUGAUCAAAUCUUAGCCUAUUUCAUAAAUGUUGUUUCAACAUUCACCGGGUGCCUGUCUGCAGCUGUACUGCAGGUUGUUAUUGUUAUUAAAAUGUUAUUCAAGGAAAGAAAAAGUGGUUGGUUCUGGAAAACAGUGGAGAAGGUUUAUAGGCACUUUUCAAAUGUAACUUGUUUUGUACUUAAAAUGCUGAAUGUA